CGCUGCCUGUGGUUGGCUAGCUGUAACUCCGCUCUGUGAGUCCGGGGUGUCCCGGGAACACUGAGCAAUGUACGGGCUGUGCUGUUCGGGUGCUACCCGGUUCCUACCCCUGGCCCGGGGGUGCUCCAGGCUCCACGGUCGGGGCCACAGCACAUACGACGUGGUCGUUGUUGGGGGUGGGCUCGUGGGACUGGCAUCUGCCCGGCAGCUCAUCCUACGCCACCCAGCCUUGCGCUUUGCCAUUUUGGAAAAGGAAAAGGAAAUUGCUUUCCAUCAAAGUGGCCAUAACAGUGGUGUGAUUCACAGCGGAAUCUAUUACACUCCGGGGUCCCUGAAAGCCAGACUGUGUGCGCGAGGGUCUGCUCUCCUGUAUGACUACUGCGACCGCAAGAGAAUUCCCUACAAGCAAUGUGGGAAGCUGAUAGUAGCUGUAGAACACCAGGAGAUACCAAGACUGCAAGCUUUAUAUGAGAGAGGGCUGCAGAACAGUGUGCCGGGGCUUCGCAUCAUCAGUGCAAAGGAUAUACGGCAGAAGGAGCCGUACUGCAGGGGUGUGAUGGCCCUGGACUCUCCAUACACAGGGAUUGUGAAUUACAAACAAAUAGCUCAGUCCUACACCGAUGAUUUCUGUGAUGCCGGGGGCAGCGUCAUCACCAGCUUUGAAGUAUCUGAUAUAAAAAUGGUGAAUGAGAACCCAGCUGGGUCAGCGCAGGGUUUGGAGCAUCCAGUUGUACUCCGUAACACAAAGGGAGAAGAAGUGUACUGUAAGUAUGUGCUGACGUGUGCUGGGCUUUUCUCGGACCGCUUGUCCCAGGUCAGCGGAUGUAGCCCAGAGCCGCGCAUUGUUCCGUUCCGUGGGGAUUACUUGGUGCUGAAACCAGAGAAAUGUUAUCUUGUAAAAGGGAACAUUUACCCAGUUCCAGAUCCUCGCUUUCCCUUUCUCGGAGUCCAUUUCACUCCCCGAAUUGAUGGUAGUGUUUGGCUUGGCCCAAAUGCAGUAUUGGCUUUUAAAAGAGAGGGCUACAGACUGUGUGAUUUCAACAGCAGGGACUUUGGGGAAUCUGUUACAUACAGUGGCCUCCGUAAAUUAGUUCUGAAGAAUCUGGUGUAUGGCUUGGGAGAGAUGUAUCGGGCAUGUUUCCUACGUGCGCAGCUUAAGGAACUGCAGAAAUUCAUCCCAGAGCUGUCUAUUAGCGAUAUUCACAGGGGUCCCUCGGGAGUCCGAGCACAGGCACUGGAUAAAGAUGGGAACUUGGUGGAUGAUUUUGUCUUUGACGGAGGCAUCGGGGACAUUGCAAGCCGCAUUCUGCAUGUCAGGAACGCCCCGUCCCCAGCCGCCACCUCUUCCCUUGCAAUAGCAGAGAUGAUCGCUUCGGAAGUAGAAGAAAGGUUUGGGCUGUGAGACCUGAGCCAUGAGGAAUCCAAGUUGUCCCUUAUGAACUAAUUGGCUAGCUUUAUAACGAAUGACCUUAGACUUUGGAGUGACAAGAAAAUGAUUGCUCUCAAAUUGGUGAUUUUGGAAUCUUGCGUCAAGAUAACACCAAUAUGUGCACUGUAUCCACCUGAACUCUGCAUUCUUCCUAUAUAAAUAUAUUUUGACUGGGAUGAAUAGAAUACUCUAUAUUGCGUUA